UAAUAAAUAUAUACAAGUCAGACUUAAAUUCAAGUUAAACUGUAACUGAGCGUGUCACCAAAGUCACAGACUUUGCCCUCUUAAAUUUUGUCCCUGUUUCCAGCCGUGUCACAGUGGUUGUGCUUCUCUCUUUAUAAAAGAAUCUUUGGACAGAAUCAUGAAGACAGUGAUCUUAUUUGCAUGUCUUUUUGGUCUGGCUUUCCAGGCUGAAGUUCACCGGCGUGUGGCUCCACCAUCCAGAUCGGAUUGGGAUGAUUUCCAGAAUCGUGACCCGUUCUAUGAGCUGCUGAAUACCCUUUUGUAUAGAGCACCAGCCCCUGUCCCUGUGCCAAAACAGCCUGCUAUCCCAUCCUCUGCCCCAACCCCAGUGCCAAAACUUGUACACUCAGACUAGUUUCUUCGUUUCGAAAAAUGAAGACAAUUCUCUGUUUACAUGAGGCUGUCUAUGAUUAGUAGAGCUCUAAUAGCCAGUGAUAUUAGUCUACAUUUGAAAUAGAAAAAUAAAAAGGUAGUACAAAAAGAAAAUCAACUCUCUCUGGGUAGCCUGGAACAUACUACACAUAUACAAUUAUAUGUGAGUUAAACUGUGCAUAUAUGGUUUAUUUGUUGUUGUUCUCAGUGUAUUUCAGACAUUUGUUACCAUAAAAACAGCUUUGCAUUUAUCAGUUUUACUGCCUUUGUGAGAUUCAGUAUUUUGGAUGUAAGAAUGUUUAAUUUAUGAAUAAAAAAAUGACUAAUAAUAAUUGCACAUGCCAGACUUCAUAUAGCACUUUGCAACACAAAGUGCAAGAAUCACAAACAGAAGAAAGUGGAAAUAAAAUAAACGUGUUUUUAUAUAAAUAAAGUGUCAAAUUAAUUAAAAAGUAACAAAAAAGUUAAAAGUAUAGGUAACACUUUACAAUAAAGUGUAAUUUGUUAACAUUAGAGUACAUUACAGUAUUUAUUCAUUUCUGUUAGUUAAUAAAAAUAAAUUUGUUCAUUGUUUGCUCAUGUUAGUUCACAGUGCAUCAAUGUUAACAAACACAACUUCUAAUUUUAAUAAUGCAUUAGUAAGUGCUGAAAGUAAUAUUAACUAAUUAAUUUUAGUUGAUGUUAACAUAGUUAACUAAUGUUAACUAAUGAACCUCAAUGUAACCAAAAUAUGUAACAUAAUAAUUAAUAAUUCUGGAUUUAUAUAAAAAAUAAGAUAAAAGAGAACAGUAAAGAAUCAGCCAAAUCGAAUGUGUGAAAAAAUGCAUACCAAAUGUUAGGUUUGGUUUAAAAUAUGACCAAACUUUCAUAACCGAACUUGCUUUUAAUGACUGAAAUAAUCUGGCAGCAACCAGAAAAGAAUUAUUUGUUGUUAUUAUUGAUGAUGACAAAAGAGAUCUUUAAAGAGAUCUUUAAAUUGUGACUCAUUAUACAAGCACUGCAUUAUUAGCAAAUCUUAUGUUAGAAUGUGCUGAAAUGAGCAUUUGAAGACAUUUGCCUUCAGUUAACACAACAUAAAUAAACCAUUAUUGAGAUAUUUUCUCUGUAUUGUAUCAGUAUUAUGAUUGCUACAUUAUCACUACCUCUAUAAGCAUGUUCUCAAACCUUAACACAGUACACAACACUAUUUUUAAAUAUAUAAUAAACUUAAGGAAUCAAGACAAGAAUAUGUGCUAUGUCCUAAAAUAAUUGAAUAAAAUCCAGUUUAAAGGUUGCUUUUAAGACUACUUUUAAUCAACAAGUCAGAUAUUUAUGAUAUAUUUUUUUUUAAUUAGACAACAAUGUCAUCCUUCAUCCUAAAGAUAUUUUCCCCAUAUUUCAUCUGAUAAGUCUACAUUAGUGUUUAUUUUUUUAAAUACCUAUAAAUGUUUAAUUUAAAUGUCAUCAUUGUUAAUAUCAUUUCCACUGAUUUUUGUAUAAAUAUGCCAAUUCCAUGUGACAUGUCAUCUAUUUUUGAAGAUUUGACACAGAUAUAAGCAAGGUAUUUAUUUAUUAUCAAAGAAUCCCAGCCCUAAGGUGUGCCUUAAUCUUUUGUUUUGUUUACAUCUUGCAUAAACUCAGUUUAGGUGUGUGUACAAAUAAUAUACCAUGAGAGAGGCAUCCAUGUGACUCAUUUCCCUAUUUCCCAAUUGUUGAGUAAAAUCCAACUUGCUAAAUACUAAGUGUUACAUUUUUUUUUUUUAAACAUGUCAUUUUGUUACUUCUGCUGAUUGGCCAGUUGCAUGUCAAUAAUGUAUAUAUAAAGCAUAUAUCACUGCUGGUUUGAUGUUACACCUGAAACUGAGAAGUCUCUCAUCCAUUUGGAAUAAAGGUAAGAAGCAAAGACUAAAUUAACAGCACUUACAUUUAUAUUUUGGUCACUUAGUAGGUUUUUGUUCAGUGUGAUUUAUACAUGAGAAAUCUUUCUUUGUUAGGUCGGAGCAGCUCUUUUUGAGAAUCAUGAAAUCUUUCCUGAUCAUUGCUUGUGUCUUUGGACUCUCCUGUGUUGUUUUAGCAGAGGAUGAAGUCCUUCGAGACAAGCGCUCAUCAAGCCGUUCCUCAGAGAUACAACCUGGAGGCUUCUUUAACCCAUUUCAGCGUCCCUACCCAUUCUUUCCCCCUUUCCAGGCUCAACCUCUGCCUCAGCCUUUUCCUCAGCCUCUGCCUCUGCCUCUGCCUCGGCCUCCGAACAACAAUGCUCUCCUAAGCCUCUUGCCAUUCAUCUUAGCACAGCUGGCAUCCACUGCCCCUGCUCCUGCACCGGCACCAGCACCUGCCCCGGCCCCGGCACCAGCCCCUGCCCCUGUACCUCCACCUGCCGGGCAAUAAGACACCAGUUAAAACUGCAGAAUAUGUCUGAUUGACUUGAUACUCUUAAAAUAAAGAAACUUGGCAUCAUUGAAUCAUA